AUGCCGGCUCCACUGGCCAAAGGCGCCAUCAUCGCCGCGUCGCUCAUAGUAGCCGCCGGUAUCGCCGUCUACCAGAACCCUCAGGUCCAGCAGUGGCUCGACGCCAGACGCCGCAAAAUCGCCAUCGCCCUGCACAAUCUCGGCGACGAGAUUAACCCGCCCGCACACCGCAACCGGAAUGCCCGCGAAGCCGACGAGCAGCGCCGCCGCCGCGAAGACAUCAUCCGACGUAACCGGAAUGAGCUCAUACGACGGGCCCGGGAAGAAGGAGUGGCUGUCGACCUGGACGAGCUCGCUCGCAUCGGGGAGGAAUAUGACGAGAAAAACUCGCGGCGGCGCGGCCAGAGCUUCGACGACCUGGUCAACGAAGAUGGCAUGCUCCGCGAGUCAGUAUCGGGCUCUACGCUCAACGAGAAGCCUGUUGCCGCCACCGCCGCCACCGCCGUCGACACUAGCGCAGGGCAAGGCCUCAGGAACCGCGGCUCUGGCGCCCGCGGAUUCGUGAGCGGCUCAUCUUACGCGGAUCCAUUCGCCGACGAAGGAUCCGUCUUGUUCGACCGUGACCUGAUCGGCGCCGAGGAGGAGGAGAACUCGGUCGACGGAAAUGACGACGAGGAAGCGCCCGUGCCCCACGACUUCACUACCCCAUCUCGCGAGAGUACCGCCACCGUUGAGGCCGACCAGCCCGCGCCCCGACUAGUUGACCUGUCCGAACCGUUCUCCGCUCCCUUCAACCAUGCGCAGCUCGCUCCGCCCGCCGAUGCCGACGCCGCCACGACCUCGUUCUACUCCACCAUGUCCGGCCCCGCUGCCGACGCUGGCAAUGACGCCGACAUGGACGACUACGACGACGAUAUGGGCGCGAGCACGGGUACCUUGACGCCGACCGAGGACAACUUCUCGACCGACGCCUCGCUCAUCGGCCGCGACGCCGACGAUGUAGCCGUCCUUUCCACCCUGCAGAACAGCACCUUGUCCGUCGCCCACAGUGAAGGCGUCGAUGCCCCUGGGAACCCGUUCAACAACAACGACGCUGCAUUCGAGGAGGACCGUUUCAGCGACGCCAGCUUCUCUGACAUCGGAGCCCGCACGCCCAGCAGCUGGACCGACGUCGGCAGCGACUUUGAGAGCGAGACCGCCAGCCAAGCCGGCCACUAG